AUGCCAAAGGGUCUCAUCAAUAUCAAGCGUCCAAAUUCACAAGAAGUCGAAUACAAGACUAAACGGACGUUCUUCUCGCCAAUAACGCAGAGGUGUGAAGAGAAAGAGCUCGACAUGCUUGGAGCUCUCGAACAGCUUGCUGCUUUGAAAGCAAAGCGCGAGAAUCGCAAGGCGAAGACGCCACAGAAUUUGUCAUAUAGAAAAUCUGCCCCCAUUCUUUUCGAGAAUGAAGACAGAUACGACUCGCUCAUGUUUUUCUUGAGCAACGGUCAGGACGAUACGCACAACAACACUACGCAACUCAAUUCAUUAAGUGUUAUUUUCUUUCAACUUUUCUUAUUGUUUUUUCUCAUCCAAUCCGUCUCUGCUCCACUAUCUAUCGGGUAUUGUAUUUCAAAACUCAUUUCCAAAUCGCAGUGUAAAUUAAACAUCAAAAUGUAUCAAAUAAUUGCUUUUCUUUUUUGUCAAAGCAUCACCACGUGUUGUUGA